AGUUCCGAUCUUCUCAUUAGGGGAUCGAUCUCUAAAUGAUGUUCAACACAUAACAUCCAAUAGAAUUUAAAACCUUGUUGAAGAAACAAGAAAACCAAAUGAAUUUGAAUUUUAGUCCUUCCUGGGAUUGUUUCUUGCUUGGAGACGUGCUUCAUUAUUCAAGCGUAAGACAUCGUYGUUUCUAAGGACUUUGACGUCGGUAAAUGCGAUGUGGCGCAUCAAAUACCACUGGUACUGCAAGCAAGCUACAAAAAAACCUCCACAAUUGUAACAAAUGCUAGACCUGGACUGCUCAUCUAUCGUGUUAGACAUCACAGCUAGCUUAAAAAGAUGACGCUUUUUACUUGCUUUGGCUCAGAAGAGGGUCCAUACAAUCCUCCACCUCCUCCUCAACCUCCCUCUUCGUCGCCAAAGCCCUCAUUUAGAUUCCCUCGUCCGCACAAGCGCCAUGGAGAGUACAAACCGCAUCUGGAAAGAGAGAAGAUUUUUGGACGAAACUGCAAGACAAUCGAGGGCUGGUAUUUUAGGCGAAGAAGCAAACAACCACGACCGAAGCGGAAUCGACAGUUCCUCAUCGCAAAGGUCAGAACAGUACAGCAUGUUAUUCGACUUACUAAAGAGAACCUCGAAAAGCUGAAUGCCCAGUUUUCGAACAUUCAACAUCCUCCGUCGAUCAUCUUAGAGGAGUAUAAUGAAUUAACAAGUAAGCUUUCUGAACUGGAAUUUCGGGAGAAACAGUUGCUUGAAUGUAGAAAUGGUGCGCCAAGUUCGACUAGUUCAAGCGCUGCACCAUCGUCGUCUUCUGGUCCAACUUCACCGACUCUAAGUUCACGGAAUAUCUACGCUACUGACAAUCCAACUUCUCCUCCAUUACGAGCUCAUGUGAGGGCUUAUUUACCGAAUCAUCAGAGAACAAUGAUUAAAUGUAAGUUAGAAGUGACACUUAGAGAAGCUUUGGACAAGAGAAUGAGGACAAGAGGGAUAUUGCCAGAAACUUGUUUGAUAUUUCACUGUGAAAGCAGAGAUAUUAUUCCAUGGGAUACAGAUCUCUAUGACCUAGAGGGAGAAGAGAUUUCUGUAGAAAUGAUUGAUGACCUUCCUAGAACAAGCAGUAUAUCUCAUAAUUUUAUGCGGAAAACUUUUUUUACUUUAGCAUUCUGUGACAAGUGUAGGAGACUUUUAUUCACUGGCUUCAGAUGUCAGACAUGUGGAUACAAGUUCCAUCAAAGAUGUGCUGCAGAUAUCCCAAUCGUCUGCCAACAAGCAAUAGAUGAACAUAACUUUUAUUUAAGGUUUACUGAACAGACUGACUGUUUCUUUGAUAAGAUUAUGGAAAUAUGGAAGGAGUUCAAAUUGUUGUUAGCAAGACACAACGAAUUCGCUGAUCCAGAGGAGCCGAGUAAUGGACACCCACCCAUAGCUAGAGAACGCUCUAUAUCUGCRCCUAAUGUCUGUCUAAAUUCAGUGGGAGGAGAGCUGUUUUUAGAGGGUGCCUUCCGUACAGCUUCUUCUCGACAGCAAGUAGCAACCAUCUCAGCAGGUGAAGGAAGUCGGAUGCUGAAAACACGACACAUGAGCGAGAGGACACACCCGCAUGUGUCAGACUUGUUUGACAAGAACGUCAAUGAUAUUCAUCCACGUAAAAUGGACCACAAUCCUAGUCUAGUUAAUGGUAGUGCAUUUAGUGAUCAGCCUCCAAGCCCUCAGAAAGGUGCAACAUCGAACCUUCGGUGGCCAAGAGGUAGAGCAAAGUCUUCUCCAGAUCAAGAGUCGACCAGAAAACAGAGACAAAGAGCCAACUCUACAGACGACUGGGAAAUCCCAGAGGGUGAGGUACAGAUGGGUCCAAGAAUAGGAUCAGGAUCUUAUGGGACUGUCUACAAGGGCAACUGGCAUGGUGCUGUAGCUGUCAAAACUCUUAACGUGUCUGACCCCACGCCGCAGCAGCUACAAGCUUUUAAAAAUGARGUAUCAGUGUUACGGAAAACCCGUCAUGUUAAUGUACUGCUAUUCAUGGGUUGUAUGUCAAAACCUAAGCUCGCUAUUGUAACGCAAUGGUGCGAGGGUUCCAGUUUAUAUCGUCAUCUUCAUGUACAGGAGACAAAGUUUGAAGUAAUAAACUUGAUUGACAUUGCUAGACAGACUGCACAAGGCAUGGACUAUCUCCAUGCUAAAAAUAUCAUUCAUCGGGACCUCAAGUCUAACAAUAUCUUCUUACAAGAGGACUUGACCGUAAAAAUAGGAGAUUUUGGUUUAGCCACCAUCAAAACAAGAUGGAGUGGUAGUGAAUAUGCGGAACAGCCCUCUGGUUCCAUUCUAUGGAUGGCUCCAGAAGUGAUAAGAAUGACAGACCCUAAUACAUACUCUAUCUAUUCUGAUGUGUAUGCGUUUGGUAUCGUCAUAUAUGAAUUGAUCUCUAGUUCACUGCCGUAUGUUCAUAUUGGCAAUAAGGACCAGAUACUUUACAUGGCUGGAAGAGGGUACUUGAAACCAGACAUGAGGAAAGUAAGAAAAGAUAUCCCCAAGUCUCUCAAGACACAUUGCUUGGAAUGCAUACGAUUUUCAAGAGAAGAACGGCCUGCUUUCCCCCAGAUUCUAGCAACCCUUGAAACUAUACAUAGAGCUCUUCCAAAGAUUCUACGAAGUACAUCAGAACCCUGGAACAUUGGGGCCAAACUAACUGCUGACGACGUAUUCUUUGGACCAUCUGUCCCAGAAACGCCCAUCAGUCCAUUUGGUAAUGACUUUUCAUUUUUCACUAACGUGGCAUCAGGUUACUAAAUACAAGCUUUAUUUAUGUAUCUUGCCACUAAUUAUAUCAUUACAAGCAUGGCAGUGAUUUGUCGAUCUAUUUUUGGCAUUAUCAAACGUGUUUGUCACCAAUCUUACAUGAAUGUUAUGGCGCUGGCUUGCCAUCAUAUAGCAUCCAUAAUUUUAAAAUUUAAGACUUAAGAAGUCCUGCAUAAAUGACCUACAUGUACAAACAGACAGUGAUUUCUCAAGUCCAUUAAAUGAACUUAAAAGUUACAAUGCAAUUCAAUCAGUGUGUGUAAUAUUAAAUAAAAUGGAAAUUAUGAGCGCAGAAUAUUUUGAGAGUUGAAUCAAAAGGAUCUACAAUUAGCAGAUCCUGUUUGGUUUUAUCUUUAUCAGUUUAAUUAAUUUCUAGAGAGAUGAGUCUAAUGCUUGUCCAGGUGUCUUAUAGUGUUACUACAGUAUGCUCUAGAGAAGUCUAUGCAUGAGUGUACAAGUUUAUUAUUGGAUAUAUACAUGUGCAAUCUGAUUGGCUGUCACUCCAUGAUUGGUCCACUCUCAUUUCACUAAAAUACAGAAUCAAUUAAAUUUGCUGCUGCAACAAUUUGAAAUUGGUUUUUGGUAGAUGUCAAACAAGGUGUUUUCAACAAGGUGUUGGCAACUCUCUUGCAUUACCCUCCAAAAACCUUUUUUUUUUUUCCCGCCACGGUAACUUUGACUGACAUCCACCAAAAUCUACUUUGAAUCACAAGUGUACCGUGUUAUUGAAAAACCACUAGGUGUAGUGUUCAGUAUCAAGUUACUACUUUAUACUCAUGCAGUCUGCUCUCAGGCAGUGAAUUAAUAAACCUUUCUCCACAUUCUCACUUGUAUUUCUAAAUGUAUGAAAAAAUGCUUAGCAUACUUUUCAUUUCACUUCAAACCUGCCUAGGCUGAAUGGUAUUUAGUGCGCUUGCAAUUGCUCUGUUUAUUUUCUUUUUCUCCUCUUUCCUCUCCCUUGCGCUAUUUUGGUCCAUUGGAGAGCUAUGCCAGGUCUGCUCCCAUUUUCAUACAUGAAUACAGUGAGACCCAUGAGAAUAGUUUACUGUUCUUCACAGAGUACUUUAAUGUUCCAUCACCAUGCACAAUGACUUUAAUACUUGUAGAGUGCAAACAUUAUAUACAUAAAACAGUACUACAUUUACAUAACUAACAGCAAGUUGUGCUGAAUAGCACUGACGAAAAUAUAGAAAACAAUAGACAAUUGCACUAUUUUGUACUAUUUAGUGCAAAAAUGAAAUUAGUACUGUUUUAAUGGAUUGAGUGUCUGCACUCUAUAAACCUAAGCACUGCUAUCUUUAGGACAUACGUGUAUGUUGUAGCACACCAUGGAACAUCCCCUGGGCUUUUUAUAUUCAUGAAGAGAAUUGGUGUUUCUACCCAACCUAGACCAGCAUGCACCUUGUUUAUGUACAAUUGUAGUUGUUCAAAAAGCCCAUAGUAUUUGAACCAUACUCAUGGUCUUCAAGAGUCCUAAAAUCUGGGUACAAAUUCCAAUCUAGUCUUUCUUUUUACCUGUCUGUUUUUAAUGAUCCAAGGAUUUUUAUUACAUACAUAAGAUACCUGCUCGCAUACAAAGCAUUGAGCUAUUCUAGCAACAUGUUUCUCGCUACAUUGCUAUUUAAUAAUUUAAUUUCUGUUUUGAGUAUGAGUUGGCAGUAUGCAGCAGCCCUCUGUUGUUGAGGGGAUUGGGGUGACGUCCACUCUUCUUGCCCCUAACAGCAGAGGACCGCUAGGGUCGAGUGAUUCCAUUUCAUCUGUGAAACAGAAAGCUAGAAGAGAGCAUGGCUCAUAGGAGAAUGAAAAUGAAUAAAGACAAGCAAUUAUGACUAUAAAAUAGACUUUACUUCAUUCAUUAAAUGGAAUUGCUAAUAGA